UUUCCCACACCAUCAUCAAUCACGGUCGCCGCUGGUGCUCUCAGCUCUCCAACCAUGGAAGAUGAGUCCUUGAACCCACUCCGUCGCAUGUCCAGCCGGACUCGCAAGGUCGCUCCUAAAAUGGUUGCUGCCCUCACCAGCAGCGACAAUCGAACUCAGGUCUGGCUCUCCCUCCCUCUCUCACGUCAUACCUUUGAUUUUGAGCUCUCUGGUGGUGUUAAUCGGAUUUUUGAGCUGGAAGAGCUUCUAGAUGCUGCUGCUCAGUCUGGGGUAUCUGCAUCUGAUGCCAUAUUGCCAUCAAAAAGCAGCAAUCGUCGUUCUGAAGACGUCAUUUCAUUCUAUAAAGUGGACGUCAUUACCCCGGCACAGAAAUUGCUUGCCAGGAAGUUGACAUGUGAUAUUGUAUCUGGAAAGAGCUUACUUGUUACUGGUCCCAAUGGUAGCGGCAAGAGUUCUGUUUUUAGAGCUCUGCGAGGUCUUUGGCCCAUUGUUAGUGGAAGACUCACAAAACCAUCCCAAUCAAUUAAUGAAGCAAGAUCAGGUUGUGGGAUUUUCUAUGUUCCCCAACGGCCAUAUACAUGCUUAGGAACUCUGAGGGAUCAAAUUAUAUAUCCACUUUCACGUGAGGAAGCAGAGAUCAGACUAUCACAGUUUCAUGGAAAUCAGAGAUCAGAUGACUCGACCCACCUAGACAUGCAUCUGAAAACUAUUCUUGAGAACGUCAGAUUAAAUUACCUUCUGGAGAGGGAGGGAGGUAGUUGGGAUGCUAAUAAUAAUAAUUGGGAAGAUGUCCUUUCUCUAGGAGAACAACAGAGAUUGGGCAUGGCUCGUUUAUUCUUCCAGAAGCCCCUGUUUGGCAUUCUCGAUGAGUGCACUAAUGCCACAAGUGUUGAUGUCGAGGAACACUUGUACAGGCUUGCGGCUGAUAUGGGAAUAACUGUUGUCACUUCCUCACAGCGUCCUGCUCUUAUUCCGUUCCACACGUUGGAAUUGCGGCUUAUCGACGGUGAGGGUAACUGGAAACUGCGUCUAAUCAAGCAAUGAUUCUCACUAAGGUGGCAUGUGCUGUUCGAAGAGGUAUAUCCCCGCGUCCUUCAAAAAUAUUUAGAACCACAGCCAUCUUCGGAGGAUUUGCAUAGUUUUGAUGCAUACUUAAGCUGCGUUAGCUCAUUUUUACCUAUCAGGCUGCAUGUGAAAGUAAGCUAGUAGCCUUUGUCUUGAAUGGAUGGAUAUGGAUGAAGAUGGCAUACAUUACCCAAUAAAACUCAGUCAAGAACUUACUAUGUACAGUAUUUCUUUUUUCCUUCUGCAUCAUUAUCAUAGUCAUAGUUUAUGUAGUUUGGUCCUGUUGAUUCAAGACCAAUUUUCUGAUUGAUUCUGUAAGAUGAACCCCUGAUUAUAUUAAAUUAGCCCCACUAAAUAAGCCGGUGGGGAAAGAAUAUCUUCAAUUCCACUUUCUUGUAUGCUAAUGUAGCUAUCAAGAUGACGUGUUCUUUUUA